GAGCAGGGAGCUUUGGCUGUGUGACAUACCUGGUUUGAAUGGUGAAAAACCUUCUUCUCCAGCAUUCCUUUGUUUUAAAGGAGAGCUGCUGGCCUGCCUUGUCAGCUGAGCUUUCUGUGCCCGCACUGAAGGAACAGCCUGACCCUCCUGGAAGAAGCAGUUUUCUGCAGCUGAAAUCCUAGUGCAGAAGUGUGGGAGAAAUCUGCUGUUCUGGGAGCAGCCUGAAUGUUCCUGAACAGUGGGUUUGCGCUCUCUGGCAGUGACUUGGACUUGGGAAAACACAGCUGAGUUGCUCAGAAAAAGAACAGACCUUUCCUUCAGUCCUUCACUUGGGUUUCCGUUUCCAUCGGCGCCUGCGGAGCGUUGCAGACAUGCGCCCUCUUGCUGCCUUGUCCAGGACCGGGAUGAGGAGUUGAGGAGGUGCUGCCAAGAUCCAGUGGAAGAGGCUGCCUUCCAAACUACGCUGCUCAGAGGAGCUGCUUCUCUCAGCUGUCAAGGCCUCUGAGCUGUUGCUGUGGGGAAGAGGACAGGGCUGCCUGGAGCCAUGUCCAACGACCCACCCCCACCCUAUCCGGGGGGCCCCUCAGCACCGCUGAUAGAAGAGAAGCACGGCCCACCCUCUGCACCAGAGGGUGUCACCCCAGUGGUGGGACAGCCCCAGGGGGUUCCCAUCCCCCCUCCUGAGUUUGGACCCCCCCCAUAUGAGCCACCCUCACAGCCAGGGUUCGUGCCCCCCCACAUGCCCACGGAUGGCUCUGGGCCCUAUGUGCCACCAGCAGGGUACUACCCACCCCCAGGCCCUCACCCCAACAUGGGCUACUACCCUGCCCCAGGCCCCUACCCCUCUCCUGGUGGCCACACAGCCACAGUGCUCGUCCCACCGGGAGCUGCCACCACAGUCACAGUGCUGCAGGGGGAGAUCUUCCAGGGUGCCCCUGUGCAGACGGUGUGUCCCCACUGCCAGCAAGCCAUCACCACCAAGAUCUCCUACGAGAUUGGGCUCAUGAGCUUCCUUCUUGGCUUCUUCUGCUGCUUCGUGGGGUGUGAUCUCUGCUGCUGCCUGAUCCCCUGCCUGUUCGAUGACUUCAAGGACGUGACACACACGUGUCCCAACUGCAAGGCCUAUAUCUACACGUACAAGCGCAUGUGCUAACGGCACCCUGGAGCCACUGCAACGCCACCGGCGCUGUCCCGCUGCCGUCCGUCUCCGCGUGUGCAUCACUCCUCGCUUCCCCCGCCGGUGGUGUGUAUAUGUUAUCCCCGGCUCCCUCCCGCGCAGAGCUGCCACCACCUGCCCCCAGCUCUGCUCCUCACUGGGAAUAGUUGGAUUGGUGACACUGGUGCACAGGGGAGGUGGGCCCAGGCCCCGGACGCUGUGUGGGGGAUGCCCUGCAGUGUGCAGGAGUGGGGGGCAUCACUCUGCACCCCAUUAUGCUCCGGGGUGUGAGCGAGGCCCCUCUCACCUGGAGCAACCCUGGGAAGGGUAACAGCUGCUGGAGGUGCCCACCCCAGUCCCACAGUGCAGGGGGUGCCUGGCUGCAGGAUGAGCCCAGGAAGGGAACCCAAGGAGCCCAUGGUGUCCUCAGGGGAUGCAGCACAGCCUUUGUGGCACUUUUAGGAAGGGGCUCAGUGGCAAGAGACAGAGGGCAGUGCCACACACCAGGUUUCAGUGUGGUUCACAGCCCCCUCCAGCCCUGUGGCAAAGCCCCUUCCCGAGAAGAGGCAGAGCUGCCUCUGAGCACGGAGAGGGGCCCGGCUGCAGCACUGCACCCUGAUCAGCACCUCCGUCCUGCCCGGUGGCCACUCCAGCUGCAUGCGCCUCCUCCCAGCCCCACCACGGCUCUGGGGGCAGGGACAGCCCCAAGCAGCCCUCGCCCCCACUGGCAACCUGAGCGCCAAAACUGCACCCGGCAUGUCCUGGCGGCCCGGCACGUAGAGUAGAGGAGUUUGUUACCAGGCCGCAGCUCUGGAGCCACAUCCUGGGCCCGGCAGGGUCUGUAGGGUCCUCCUUGCAUGUGAGUGUAGGGGGUAUUUUUAGCUCACUCAUUUGGGGCAGAAGGAAGGGGCAAGCAGGCAGCGACAGGAGCUGCCAGCAGCACUCCCACAGCAGGGGCAAGAGGACCUGGGAGCCAAGUUCAGCCUCUCAGGACUGCUCCUCCCUCCCCUGCCCCUGCAGCUCCCAGAGCACAGUGGGGAGAGGGUCUCUCAGUACACAGGUCUGCAAACACAGCCUGGCCUGCACAGGAAGCUGCUGUUUGCUCAGGGGUGGAACUGUGGCACUAGUCUGUGUUUUUAUGUAAAUAAAUAACAGACCCUGUA